GGUUUGGUUGGUUUGCUGGGACUGUUGCACGCUGUGGAUUACAAGAAAGCCAGUAGUGGCUGCAGGCAGUCAGGCUACUUUUGCCUCAAAAUGGUCAUACCAAGCAGUAUACUAAGCAUGGGAUUGCUUUCCCCUGGUAGAAGAUUGAGGAGCAUUUCUUCUUCACUCUUUGGAUGCAGGAUGCAGACAAGUGCAGCAAAAUCAGAUGAAGAUGAGAAGAAGAUGCAGUUUCUUACUGUGAUGAGGGAGGUGCCUGUCCCAGUUGUCGUAGUAACUGCCGCGGCCUCUGGCGGUCCACGUCGUGGGUUCACCUGCAGUAGCUUCACCAGCGUUUCGGCACACCCACCUCUGGUCAGCGUGUGUAUCGGUCAACCGAGCAGGUUCCUGCGGCUGGUGCUCGACACGGGACGGUUCAAUGUGCACGUGCUGGCAGAGCGGCAGGUGAGCCUCAGCGUCCACUUUGCCCGUCCUCCGGAGAAGAACGAAGACCAGUUUGACGGCAUCUCACACACCACCGACGAGAAUGGUGUGCCGCUGCUGCCCGAUGUUGCCGCAGGCAUUCGGUGUUCAGUGUUCAAGUCAGACAUAGUGGGCGACCACGCUGUCAUCUACGGCGAGGUUUUGGAGUCAACAGUAGCCCAGGACCGCCCUCCGAUGGUGUUUUACCAGCGGUCAUACCACAGUCUGGCUGAGGCAGCGUUCAUGUCAGCAUUUGAGCGUCAGACUCUGCCCUUUGAGGACUGGACCCACGAGGCGCACAUACGGAUGGCCUGGAACUACCUGAGACAGCACCCGCUGCCAGAGGCCGAGAGACUUAUCAAGCAAGGCAUCCAGCGCUACAACAUCGUCAACAAGACCCGCGUCUCCCGCGGCUACCACGAGACCGUCACGUGCUGUUUCGUGCGACUGGUGGCUGCCGCUCUGCGCGACCCUAUCACCGGCUCUGCCAACACUUUCCGCGAGUUUCGGCGGCGCAAUGAGUACCUGUGGGACUCAACUCUGGUGGGACGGUACUACUCACCGGAAAGGAUUAACUCGGAGGAGGCGCGAUUGAGCUUCGUGGAGCCGGACCGUCAGCCUCUGCCUGACGUCAGCUGAGACGAUCUCGCCUUCUCUGAACGGACUAGUUCAGUUGCCGUCUCGACCGUCGCCUCCCGGAGCGUCAUCAAGCCCUGAACUCAGGUCAGCGACUGAAGCGGUGCUUGUGUCACGGCUUUUAAAUGCAGCUGGGGAAGCUGGGUUUGUUAGGAAAAUGAAGUAAGGGCGAUGGAAUGUGCCACUGUGCGCAGCUGUGUCAUUGUGCUUUGUUUGUUAUUGAUCCAGAUAGAUUGACUUUGUGAGGUGAUUUCAAGGUAAUAGCUACCUAUGUGGCACAUCACGUCCAUGUGUAGAUGCGACAGCAGUCGGUUGACCAGCCCCCACGAAAGAUUGCAAUGCAACAUUGAUGAGUUUAGGCAAGCAGAGCUACAAGAAUGGUUCCAUAAGAUUUAUAAGCUUAAAUUCGCGUAAAAAUGAAGGAACCGGUAGCUUUACGUUUGUCUCUCUUGCAUGUCGGAUUUUUUUUUUUUUUUGGGUGGGGGGGGGGACAGGAUUAUAAGCUCAACGCAGCUGUCUGAUGUAGUUCAUAACUUAAUCCCUUAGAACCUAAACGGUGGGAUCUUAAUUUGUAACGUACCAAUCGAUUUAUUAUUAUGAAGGUUAUCAUCUGAAUAUUUAUACUUCAACAUCGGCAUUUGGUAUAACUACCCUACGCUACGUGCAGUAAUGUGCAGUAAUGUCUAAAGCAGUAAUGUCCUCGGCUGUGCAAACGUGUGCGUCAGAGUCCAAAUGUCCAACUCUAGUCGUACUUUGUGCCAGGUUCAUAACGGGUGACUGUCGGAACAUAUUUUUAUAUAAAGACAUCGCCGGUG